UAACAUUCUUCUGUCUAUAAAUAAUUGAACACCCACAUGCAUUCUCAAAAACAUAGAGAAAAACAAGAAACAAGAUGAAUGUUUUAUUAUCCUUAAACUCAAACUCAAGCCUAAUCAACAUUUCAAAACCAUACAAACAUCAUCAUAGUCUUCCACUUUCAAAUAAUCAUCAAAGACAACCUCGUACAAAACAGUUUUCUGUUUCAUGCAGAGCCACAAAAAGUGAUGGAAACUUGUACAAGAUACUAUGUUUGAGUUCCAAUACAGCAACAACAGAUGAUAUAAAAAGAGCAUAUAGAACAAUGGCUCUUCAGUAUCAUCCUGAUGUUUGUCGUGAUGGUUUGAAGAAAGAGGAAUCAACGAGAAUGUUUGUAAAACUGAAUGAAGCCUAUAAGAUAUUGUCAAAUCCAAAGCUUAAAGAAGAGUAUGAUUCAGAGUUAUUGGGUUUGGCUGAUUUGAGAAGAAGUAAGUGGAUGGAACAAGUUGUUGAAUUGAAUAGAAGAUCUCAUACACGUAAGAGUGGUGCAUCAUGGGGUAGUAGAAUGAGAGCCAAGAACAAUAUCAACAAAGAUGAUCAUAACUAGUCUUUUUAAUUAGCUUGAUCUCCUUUGUGAUUAUUUUGUUGUAUGAUUUCAUAUAAUUAAUAUUACAUUCAUUCUAUUGAUAAAAAAAAAACUGUUUGAUACAAAAAAAAAACAAUAUCUAAAAGAAAAUGAUUGAAUUUGUCAACUUGUUAGGACAUGAUGUUUUUCUUUACAUACAAAAUAAGGGUGGUUUUUAUUUGCAAGUGGGCUUAAAAUCCUUUUUAAAUUGGGUUUAUUCUAAUAGUAGUUUAUUUAAAAGAUUAU